GUACGGUGCAUUGUACAGGGUACUUGUACAAUAUGCAGCUACCCCUCCUGGCCCUAUUUCCGCUGGCGGUCAGCGCCGUCAACAUCGUCUCUUCCAACGACGAUGGCUGGGCCGAGGCUAAUAUCCGUGCGCUGUACGAUUCGUUAACGGCCGAUGGACAUUCGGUUCUUCUUUCUGCGCCGGCAGACAACCAAAGUGGCAAAGGAUCGCUGGACGAUGCCCCAUCGAACCGUGAUGAUGCCUGCGAGUACGACAGCUGCCCAGCCAACAGCGGCCCAUAUGGACACAAUGUGACCGAUUCGAAUCAGAACUGGGUGAAUUCCUACCCGCUGACCUCGAUGCGCUACGGAAUCGACAACUUCUCUCCGACCAUCUUCAAUGGAGCCCCCGAUCUGGCCGUCUCCGGGCCCAACGUCGGCUCGAACCUGGGUGUUACUGUGUUCUUCUCCGGCACUGUUGGUGCCGCGAGCUACGCUGCGCAUAACGCUGGUAUCCCAGCGCUGGCAUUCUCGGGCAAGAGCGGCGAUCCCACCGCUUGGAACGCCAGCAGUUCCUAUCCGCUAACUAGCCAAGUCUAUGCGCAGCUGGCGACAAAGGUGACGGACAGGGUUUUGAAAGCAGGCACUCCCUAUCUUCCUGAGGAUGUAUGGUUGAACGUCAACUUCCCGGAAGUCAGUGAGUCAAAGUGCUCUAGUGCAGAGGAUUUCAAGUUUGUACUCUCGCGGAUCUUUGAUCAUGUGCCGCUGGUGUCGGACGAUGAUAUCGAAAUCUGCGGAGAUGACUAUUUGCCCAGUGAGACCAGCGUCGUCGACACGGAUGGAUGCUAUGCGAGUAUCUCGGUGGGCAAUGCGGAGAGUAAGCGGGAUGCUAAUGCGACAAUGCAGGGAGUGGUUCAUGGUAAGCUGGGGGAUUUGUUGACUUGUCUGCCCUGAUGUAUAAGCCUGUAAGUAGCUCAAGUCUUUACGUAUAUUUUCGCGCUAUUAGAUAGAAUUUGCAGGGUCUGCAACACAAUUCAAGGAAAGCUCCAGUCACUCGAAUUGACU